CCGGAGGGUGCGGUGGUCGUGGCGGGGCGCGGCCCUCUCGGGUGGGCGUGCGACAGGUCGGGGGAGCGGAGGGAGCUCUGGACCUGAUCGGCGCCCCGGGGCUUCUGGGGAGGUCGCCUGUCCCGGGACGCGGGGCCAGGGGUCUGGCUCGUGCCCUCUGGCUGCCUUGGCCCCGGAGUCUGCGGGAGCAUCCGCCGGGCGGGCUCAGGCGCUGGGGCCUCCUUGGAGCCACUUUCGGUCUGUUUCGCUUAAUCGUGCCGUGUGAUCCCCACACUGCCUGGCCCGACUCUACCCAAGCCUGUUGAGCAUGAGGACUUUCCUCGUGAGACUUGCCUACAUCCUGUGUCUGUCAUCCGCCUUACCAGUGAUGGCGCAACGUGGCCAGGACCGGUGGCCCAGGAUUAAUCAAACUCACCUGACACCUUCCCUCUUGAAGACCCGCAGGGUGGGUCUCAAAGUCAAGGGUUCAAGCUUCACACUAGAGGGCUCCACGUUCCAGAUCUUAGCAGGCACCAUCCACUAUUUCCGGGUGCCCAGAGAGUACUGGAGGGACCGCCUGCUGAAGCUGAAGGCCUGUGGCUUCAACACUGUCACCACGCAUAUUCCCUGGAACCUCCAUGAACCAGUGAUAGGCCACAUUUAUUUCAGUGGAAACCUGGAUUUCAUGUCUUUUAUUUCCACGGCUUCAGAGGUGGGGCUUUGGGUUAUUGUGUGUCCAGGCCCCUACAUCGGGUGUGACUUAGACCUCGGAGGCCUGCCCAGCUGGUUACUCCGGGAUCCAAACAUGAGGCUGAGGACAACUUACAAAGGCUUCCAGAAAGCGGUGAAUCGCUAUUUUGAUCAGUUGAUUCCCAGGAUUGAGCUCCUCCAGUAUCACAAGGGAGGCCCUAUCAUCGCUGUACAAAUCGACAAUGAAUAUGGUUCCUAUCAGCAGGACAUAAAAUACAUGGCAUUUAUAAAACAGGCCCUGGAGAGAAGGAAGAUCAAGGAACUGCUCAUAACUGCAGAUAAAGGACUAGAAUUGAAAGAAGGCCACUUGAAAAAUGUGCUGGCCUCUGUCCACAUGAAGGAUAUACGGCAGAAAACCUACAGAGAUCUCUAUGAAAUUCAGGGUCGUGGCCCUGUACUGAUUAUGGUAUACACAGCAAGUGGUUUUGACACGUGGGGUAGGAUCCGCCGCAGUCAGGAUGCACAGGUACUAAUGAAGGAUGUGCGUGAAAUGUUCAAGCUUAGGUUCUCCCUCAACUUCUACAUGUUCCAUGGUGGUACCAACUUCGGCUUCAUGGGUGGAGCUGAGUCUCUGGACGUUUAUCUCCCUGCAGUCACCAGCUAUGACUAUGGAGCGCUGCUGUCAGAAGAUGGAGACUACACACCUGAGUAUUACGUAUUUCAGGAGUUUCUUCACUCUGUUACAGGUGUCCCCACGACCUCCCCCCUAGAACGCGUGUCAAAGGUUGUCUACAAGUCCCUGACACGACUGAACUUCAUGACGCUGUGGGAGAUCCUUCCCCUCCUGGACAGGCCCAUCACAUCUGCCAAGCCGGUCUCUAUGGAGUGGCUGUCUGUGAAUCAAGGGAGUGGCCAGUCAUCCGGCUACAUACUUUACGAGACUACCAUCUACAGAGGAGGCCUCCUGACCUCAAAGGGCCAUCUUCAAGACCGGGGGCAGGUGUUUUUAAAUGAGAAGUUUGUAGGAAUCCUGGAUCAUUUCACUGAUAGGCUAAAUAUUGAGGCCUCCCGGGGCACCUAUCUCCUGAGGAUCCUGGUGGAGAAUCAAGGCCGACUUGCCAAUGGGCCUCGUAUCAACACGGAGAGGAAAGGUUUAACUGGAGAUAUCUAUCUGAACAAUUCUCCAUUAAAAAGAUUUACAAUCUACAGCCUGGAGAUGCAAACUUUAUUCCUGGAAAGGAAACUCCCCAGCCUCUGGAAACCAGUCACAAAAGAAGCUCGGGGCCCAGCUUUUUUUCUUGCCUUCCUGAGAGUCGGUGAUUUUCCUCAAGAUACCUUCAUAAAACUAGAGGGCUGGAAGAAAGGAGUCGUAUUUAUCAAUGGAAGAAUCCUAGGACGAUACUGGGAUGUAGGUCCUCAGAAAACUCUGUACCUCCCGGGACCCUGGCUUCAACCGGGAUCAAAUGAGAUUAUCCUGUUUGAAGAGCAGGCACCUGGCCAACAAAUCCAGUUUGUAAAGCAUCCUUUUCUAGGAUACUGAGUCUCCAGGGCAGUACCAUAAAGUAGGAAAUGGGCCGAUCCAAGUCAUGCCGACAGUUUUGCUGCGAGUAGUUCCUCAGUCCUGACACCAAGGUCGCACAAACGCCCCGGCUUCUCUGUCUAGCCAUGCCUUCUGGGGACACGCCACCCAGCCCCUCACCUCUAGCACAUCCCUCUUCCGCAUUAAGUUCAUCUGUUCCUGACAUUAACAACACUAAUAUGUUAGUACCCUUUGUCAUGUUGCCUUGAUAAAAGCUAUUUAACCGCCAAAUAAAAUGUUGAAAAAAAUGAGAA